UUAUUUUGGUUUGCAGCAGUGAGCGGUAAUGUUAUGCUUUUGCUAUUGUUAUUGUAUGUGUGAAGAUUGGCCCGGUACUCGUUUUGUCUUCGGAGUUGUCUUCACCUACAAAAUGAAGGAUGCCUGUGGAGGAGCAUCAGGGGAUGAUGAGAAAGUUGGUGGAGAAGAGUCAAACAAGCAUAAUACAGUGACAAACGGUAAUAAAUCAAAUGACUCUGAACAGAAUCCUAUUUCUGAAGAACAUUCAGCAAAUGAAACAUCUCCAAAUAGUAAAGAAUCUUGCACUGAUAGCAAUGCUGAAUGUGAGACUAUUUCUUCCAAAGAAGAAAAGAAUGCUAAGACAUUACAAGAAAGUAGAAAUUGCCUGCCACCUCUUGGGAGGCGUUCCAGUAGACUUCAAGGGAAGCAACCAAAACUGACAGAAAUUAUUACUACAAGUGAUGAAGAGGAAAAUCUUGAAAGUGAAGAGGACCUUAGUGAUAAGGAAAUUAAAAGGAAAAAGAAAGGAAGAAAUACAUUACUCUUACGGCAAAGUAAAGAUCAGUCAUUGACUCCUGCUAAAAGUUUUGAUUCCAAACCUCGUUUAAAAAUACCAGCAAAGGAAAGGAAAAGUAAGAAAGACAUUGCAGUCAGUAAGCUCCCGAAUGAAUUCUCAUCUGGGUCAUUUGUUGUUAUCAAAUCUGAUUUUCACUCCACUACAACCCCUGCUAUAUGGAAAAUAGAUGGCAAAGCUCUCCUUCAGAAAUAUGUCCAUUUUGAUCAAGAUGGACAGAUUAUGUAUAAGAACACCUCAACGUAUUCAGGAUGGACACUAAGCAAUAAGGAUCAGUACUAUCCUGCUGCUGUUGAGGUCAAAUCUCAAAAACGUAAUGAAACUAUUGUUAAGUUCAAAAGAGAGCUAAUAACUGUAGAUGACAGCGAUUGACUUUUAUAGGGAAAGAAUGGUUUGACUGACUGCAAUGCCUGAUUAUUUUGCUUACUAGUAUUUGUCCUUAGCAAUACCCUUUUAAACAUAAGCUUAUUUUCCUUUUGGGAGAAAAGGAAUGUCAUAUUCAUCCAAUGCCUUUAUUGACCUUGUACCUUUUCAAGACUGAAGACUGUCUAAGCUACUUAAAUAUUUACUUUGUAACUAUGUUCUAGCAGCUGGGCUCAGAAAAGCUCUCUUUUCUACUUUUGUAAGCAAGCAAUCUGGCUUGCUAGGCACUGCGCCUUACAGAUCCCAUUCCUAAUUUAUGUGAAUCACUGGUCGUGUGGCAUUUUAAAGUGAUAUUUUUCUAGAUGUUUGUAAAUACCAUGUUUUUUUAUAAGAAAAUAACCUGCAUGUGAUUUAUUCCUUUCUUAAUUUUUGAAAAUUUCAGUACCUAUGUACCUUGGCUUUAAUUUUGUGAAUUUGGGUCCACAACCUGAAACUUAAUUUUCAUGACAAACUGCCAUUCUUUGUUAAUCAAGCUGUAUUGCUUACAAUUUAGUAUGUUCACAAUGUAUAGUAUGCAUGCUUCUUUUGGAGUAUGUCGGUAUCAGCAAUUCUCUUGUCUUAGUAUUGAAUUGAUGCUCAAGAUAAGAAGGACUCCACUGCUAUUGCUGUGAUCAAUGAAUUUAAAUAACUGGGACCUAUGUAAUUUCUCUUUUCUCUUUAGAAAUAUUUUAAUAUACGCUUAGUGUCUUUGAUGCCAAUAUUUGAUCAAAUUGAAGUGUUACACAGUUUAUUAGCAGUUAUUUCUGUUAUAAUUGUAAUGUUGAAAUCUACAACAUUUUAUCUUAUAUGUACUAAAAUUGAUAGUUCACAUUUGCUAUGAUGCAUGAGUUACAUUUCAUACGUGUGUAAGUAUAUUUGAAAUUUAAUCGCCCAGCAUA